CUAUCCUUUCCAUCCUUGGUCUGGGCGAGGCCAACCACUUUCACCCCUUGGAGAGUUACGGUAUGAUCUGGCAGCGCCUUGCCAAAGUUGCCAUGUCCCUGCAACCACGGUAUCAUCUGGGAGCAGGCGAAGGGCCGCCGGUCAACGUCGAACGCCUCUCCCUUCUGUUUCACUGUCAGAGCCAAGCCUAAAAAUCUUCUCGUCUGACUUGGUGUCUGAGUAUCAGCUGGCCGGUGCGUACAUGCCGACUUACUUAUGUUGCGCUGCUUGUGCGCUACUAUCGAUUGGCUUGCUGAUGUCUCGACAUCGCCUAUCUCAGGAUACCAUGGGCGCUGAAAUUCCCCCAUUAUUAUCGGACAUGCUUUCGCUGAGCCACGUGCCCGUGUGUGUUACAGUAUAGGUAUCUAACCCCCCCUUCAUCUCUAUCCGAUAUCAGAUUUCUGUCGAGGCUAUGGGGGGACGUUUGUCGCCAUGCUGUCUUGUUUCAAACGCCUUGGCGUGAAAGGCAGACUUUACGGAAUAUCAUGAGCGUUUGCGACUCGCUUCCUGUGACCGAGUCUGUGAUACCAUGGAUGGGUUCCGACGAGAUCUCCUUUGAAUGUUCGGAAACCACGCGGGUCUCGCGAUCGGGCUCCUGGCCAUUCGUGGAAAUACGGGUUGUCGGGCUGUCAAAUGGGACGAUCUCAUCCCGCAGACCAUCGAUCUCAUUGGCUGGUUUUCGCGAUCUUGUUGUACAGUCGAGUGUCAUUCUCCCAAUAGAAGGCUCUGAUGAAGAGCUGGUUACAAUGUUCCCAUUUGAGCGGUAAGAGAUCGAUGCCUUUUUGGCAGUCCGAGGAGCUAUAUUGCUCCCAUGCGAGGCCGCCGCCAUGCCGAUCGUCAUGAAGACUCUUGGCCGCCAUCUGCGACUCAGCAGGUGAUGGAGAGAGGAGUGAGAGACGACUGCUGACUGUCGAGUGCGCGAAAAAGGAAACGAUGGGCACAGGCUUGUCAAUAUAGUCUCAGGCCAUUCAAAUCUGCGGGCUUAACCUUGACUAGGGCCGAGAUCGUGAUGCGAGUGAUAUUUCUUGCUUAGACCUUCCUAAUCGAGAUGCGCAGGAGUAGUUUGGCUGUGUAUCGCCCGUCUCUGCUGGUGAUGGCGCAAAUCAGGGGUCACAGAGUAACUUUACCAUGCUUUGCUGUGCUAGAUUUCUCUUGUCCGUAGAUUACAUAAACUUCCAACCACCC